UUAUUUUCUGCAGAUAAAGUUAAAGAGCUCGUUUCAAAGUGCCUGGAGGCCCGGGACCUGGCAUACUGCCCCUACAGCCGCUUCCCUGUCGGUGCAGCCGUCCUGACGGCAGAUGGCGCUGUAGUUACAGGCUGUAACGUGGAGAACGCCUCCUACGGGCUGACGGUGUGUGCCGAGCGCACGGCCAUCCAGAGGGCCGUGGCUGAAGGUCACCGAGGCUUCCGUGCCCUUUGUGUGACAUGUGAUGUCAGCGACCAGUUUGUUGGUCCGUGUGGAGCGUGCAGACAAGUUCUCCUGGAGUUCGGCUCAGACUGGAUUAUUUACCUGACCAAACCAGACGGAUCUUAUAAAGAAACCAGCCUCCGUGACCUGCUGCCUCUCCCUUUCUCACCAGCUCUCCUGACAAACCAGUGAAGCAACAACACAAACUGAAACCCUCAUAUUCAGCCCACGAGGUGAAGUGUACUACAGCAGUAUUAUUAUGAAUAUUAUCAGUCUUCAAAAUACUAAAUGACAAACAUCUUCUUCUUCUUAAUGUGUGUGAUGUGAUGAUGCCUGAUACACACGACUGAAACAUUAAAGGAGAAACCUGAAUAAACGAGUGGAGAAA